AUGUCCAUGUCUCUCCUAUCCGCACAUCGAUCAUCCCUUCAACGAACCUCCCGCAAAUUUGCCGUUGAUAUGACAGGAAAGUCUGUUUGAGGACAAGAACUGUACUGGUAGUACGGGCGCCACAACCUUUCUACUUCCAAGUAACAGCUUACAAAGUGAUUAUUCAACGCUUAAUAAUUCCAACAAUACAACAAGCUCCACUGCCUCGGACGCGGCCAACAGCAAGGUGCCGGUCACGUACCGUAGAAGCGGUCCUCCGCGCUGGCUAGAACGAGAAUCAAAGCAAUUUCAAUGUCCAUUUACCGGUAGAGCGAGAUGGAUCGUUCCCAACACCAUUCAUUCAGAAGAAUCCAGACACGGAAUCACAUCACAAUCACAACACUCCGUGGGCGUUCUCUUUAUCGAUAAGAUCUUCGCUCCCACUACUGUUAUCCGUCGCCCAGAUUCAGUGCCGUCGAGGUCCGAGGAAGGCCUUACUUUAGCCGAAUCCAGUAGGCCAAUACCCCCAAACGUGGUGCAGAAGAGUUCGGCGACUUCUCGAACCUAA